UUGGUGUCGAUUUCUCUAUUAUUCAGCCGUUUCUUUUCUCAGAUUUCUCUCACAAUAUCAAGCAAUCAACCGUUUCUUUUCUCAAGUUUCUCUGUUAUUCAAUCAAUCUUUCACAAAUUAGGGAUGUGCUUCAUCCAUGGCUGCAAACGCAUCUUCCCCACAACUACAGAUUAUCCAUGGCUGCAAACGAGGCAGAUUCAGUCUCUCUCUCUCUCUCUUUCAAUUUCGAUUGCCCAAAUUUGGGAGGUGCUUCAUCCAUGGCUGAACCCCACACUACAGAUCCAUGAUUCAAGCCUAUUCCUCUACAAGUGGGCUUUAGAAAUUGCAGAGAGAGGGAAAAGUUGCAGGAAAACAGAUAUUUAUCUGUUUUGUUCUCAACGAAGGAAAUGACGACAAGGAAUGGAAUCAUUCAAAUCAACUCCAUCGAUAAAAAAAACUUGGAAUAAAAGGGUCAUCGUUAGAAUAUUGCGGUUUUGGGUUCAAAAGGAUUUAACAGGCCGAGAAGGCUUGGAGAUGAUUUUAAUCGAUGAAUGGGGCAAUCAAAUUCAAGCAUCUGUCUCUUUUGGAAAUAAAAGGAAGUUUAUGCCUCUUUUGAGAGAGGGAGAUAUAAAUAUGAUCCAAAAUUUCCAAGUAAUGGACAACAAACCCAAUUUUCAGAUGGCCAAGGUCGACCACUUGUAUAUGCUUGGCUUCGGCCUUGCCACCCAAAUUGAGCAACCGGAUGAAGGCUUCGAAAUUCUGGAAAAUGGAUUUAAUUUUAUUCCCUUUACAGAUAUUCCUACACACGAUCCCACUUUCUUUUUGGAUGUUCUUGGGGAGGUUAUGACCCACACUAUUAACAUAGAUUGGGUCGAAAUGAGAACUGGCAAGGCAUCCAAGUGUGACAUAACAUUAGCCGAUGCAGACGGCACGCAAGUAACCUGUGUCUUAUGGGGAUCACUUGCCGAGGAAUUGAAAACAUUUAUGGAGAACAAAUUAGCAGAAGACAAAGAGCCUGUAAUGGUGGCAUUGCAAUUUGCAAAGAUAUCCACAUUCAGAGGCCAAAUCAAGGUUUCCUCGAUGAAGAAUGCGAGCAAAUUUUUUAUCUGUCCAGAUAUAAAAGAAGUGAAAGAUUUUAUACUAAGGCGUGGUGUUAGUAGAUCUUCUAGCUGUAAUGAUACCAUUACCGAUAUAUCUAUCGGUCAACAAGCACUGAAUAGGAAUGAAUGGUUAGAUGCUGCUCAUGCAAGAAGGUUAUGCGACUUGAUAAAAUCAGAAGAGUGUGGAACAUUUAACUGCAAAGGGACAAUAUUGGACUUUCACCCGCAAGAGUCGUGGUAUUAUGAAGCAUGUGGAAAUGAUAGAUGCUUGAAAGGGAUUGCCAAAGGAAGCACUAUCGGAGAUCAUUGCAAAAAGUGCAAACGUCCAAUUGGGUCAAUUAUUAUAAGGUACUUGAUGAAGGUACUUGUAGGCGAUGAAAUUGAUCAGACGUAUUUCACGAUUUUUUAGGAUUGUGCCCUAUAUCUUUUGAAAAGGACUGCUACCCAAGUCAUGGAGGAAAUGGUGCAACAGACCGGUGAUAGGAAUGGAACACCUGAAAUAUUGUCCACCAUGCUAGCGAGAGAGUGCCUCUUUAAAGUUGAGGUUGGUUUAAGAUUCGGUGAACGUGUCUAUACGGUGAAAAAUGUAACAUGAGAUGCUCGUGUCAUUGCUCAAUUUCCCUCUGGUGUAAAUGUUGGUUUGCAGGAAGUUGCUUCCAAGUAUAAAGAUGGUAGCAAUAUUAUUGAGGACGAACCAGAAGAAGAGAUUGCUGUUGAAAUGAAUGAAGAGACAUGUUUGAAUUCAACGACCACCUCAGUCACUCCCAAGAAACGUAAUCGGCUGAAAUUGUCCCCUACGGAUAUAGAUGGUGGUGAUAUACAAUUUUCAGCGACAAAGAGGCCAAAGAAAUCGAAUGUCAAUUAAUCUGAAUUUGUAGUGCUAUUGUUGAAUUUUGGUUGAUUUUAAACAAAUAUGGAUUAUAUGUUUUUUUUUAUCCAAUCUGCUAUCUUCGAAUUUGUUUGUUUUUAAGUUAAAUAUUUGUUUCAUAAA